GCGCUGAGCGCGGCGUGUAAGGCAGGUGAUGAGGACGCGGCGAUGAAAGCGAUCGAGGGCGGUGCGGAUGUUAACGAACGCGAUGCACUCGGGCGAACGCCGUUGCAUUGGUGCGCAGACGGCGGACACUCGAAAAUCGCCAUGCACCUGGCGCUUUUGAAGGCUGACGUCAACGCUCGCGAUAGAUACGGGCAAACGCCUUUGCACUUUUCGGUCAACUUAGAUGACACGGAGACGGUAAAUUUAUUCCUUGACUGGGGCGCAGAUCCUUCGAUCGCGGACGAGGAAGGGGAGACG